UGAAAACCUUUCCAAGUUCGACGAAUGGAUCAAAACACAGGCGAAAAUGCUGGAGAACUCCCAGGCAUGGCUAGGUGCAUCCACAUCAUCAAUAGCUGGCAAUACACUAUUGAAGGAAGCUGCCUGUACGCCACCCACAACCUACGCGAACCGAUUUACUGACGACGGCAGCGCUUUUGCAGCAAAACAAGCCGAAAGUUACCAAUACCAGCUGCAGUCGAUGUGGCAAAAAUGCUGGAACAGCCAAAACCUGAUCCACCACCUGCGCUUUCGGGAGCGUGGCCCGCUGAAAUCCUGGCGUCCGGAAACCAUGGCCGAAGCCAUCUUCAGUGUCCUGAAGGAAGGCCUGUCCCUGUCACAGGCAGCCCGCAAGUACGACAUUCCCUAUCCGACGUUCGUCCUCUAUGCGAACCGUGUCCACAACAUGCUCGGCCCGUCCAUCGACGGUGGCACCGAUCUGCGGCCCAAGGGCCGUGGCCGGCCGCAGCGGAUCCUGCUCGGCAUCUGGCCGGACGAGCACAUCAAGGGGGUAAUCAAGAGCGUAGUCUUUCGCGAUGCCAAAGAUAUGAAGGAUGAGCAGAUCCUGUACGGCAGACAUUCGCCAUUUACGUUCCAAGCGGACAAUCCUUUAAACUACGCACCGAAUGCCAACGGUCAACUGCCAACCACUGGCGCUGAAGGAAUGACAUCCGAUGCUCUGACCGCUGCCACGGUGGCCGCCGUACGGCAACAGAUGUGCAACAUGGUAGCAGCCGCCCAACACCACCCGGAAGCGGCAGCUAAUCUGGUGGGGUUCAACCUCCCGCAACAUCACACUAAUCUGAGUAUCCACCCGUCCGGAAAUGCCGGUGGUUCCAGUGGCGGAAUUCCCGUCCCCAAGCUCGGCUCCCCAGCCGUCACGAACCAAGCCCACGGCAACAACGGAGGUGCCGGAGGAAUCCAAAUGCCUCGACUAGGUUCCCCGGCCGGCAUGCACUCGAACAAAGAUCACGACCUACACGGUCCACCUGCCCUGAACCAGAGCUCCCACACGAGCACUUCCUCCGGAAACAUUAACGUCAACAACGCCACCGCCAUCAGCAACCGUUCCGAAUCGUCACGUAGCAGCAGCGGCAGCAAUCAUUCGUCCAACGCAAACCACCAUCCGUUGGCCCACCUGAACAGCGGAAGCCUCAGCAUAACCCGCCUCGGCUCGCCAGCUUCCGCGCAUGAUCUCCGCAUGACGACCCCGCCGACGGAGGAAAGUCCGCUGGCUUCCCCGAUGGGCAUGGCCCUGGAACCGGCCGUCAAUCUGGCCGUCGGUGGUGGUCACAAUACCGAUCACCUCGGAAUGCAACCGUACGGCAUCGGUGGAGGUGGAGGUGGUUGUGGUGGCGGUAGCAAGUCCUCGUCCCGAGCCGGUUACUCUUCCUCGUCGUCGCCUCCACGACCGGAGCAUCUCUUCCAGGAUCAGGACAUUGCCGAACUGGUGGCCAACACGAGGGCGGGCAACGGUGGCGGUAGUAAGGAUUCGCCCCGACAGUCCCAGUCCAUCAAGGUGGAACCGAUGACCGAGUGUCGCGGCGAGUAAGGUUCCAGGCUAGGUUAGAUUUGUGGUGGGAUGGAGGAUUUAGUUUUUUUUUGUAUUAUU